GAAGAAUCGGUAGAUUACAUCAUCAUCACGGUGUUACGUCAUCAGGGCCGGGGAACAGCAAAAGAACAAAAUGGAGGAGUAUGCCAGAGAGCCGUGCCCCUGGAGGAUCGUGGAUGACUGUGGUGGAGCAUUCACUAUGGGAGCCAUCGGAGGGGGGAUUUUUCAGGCUGUAAAGGGCUUCAGAAACGCACCCUCGGGGAUGAACCACCGGAUGAGGGGAAGUUUAACUGCCAUCAAGACUAGAGCCCCACAACUUGGAGGUAGCUUUGCAGUGUGGGGAGGCCUCUUUUCCAUGAUCGAUUGUGGUUUAGUAAAAGUUCGAGGGAAGGAGGACCCCUGGAAUUCAAUAACAAGUGGGGCCAUGACUGGAGCCAUCCUCGCUGCAAGAAAUGGACCAAUAGCCAUGGUUGGCUCUGCAGCCAUGGGAGGGAUUCUGCUGGCUUUGAUAGAAGGUGCUGGAAUCUUGCUAACGAGGUUUGCCUCUUCACAAUUCCCAACUGGCCCCCAGUUUGCAGAGGAACCUACUCCUGCUCCAAUGCCCACCCCACCUUUCGGAGACUACAGACAAUAUCAGUGAGAGGACUCCCUACCCUCUAGGCCUUUUUUUGAAUUCCUUGCUGAAGUUAAAAAGAAGAAAUGGAGGUGCAGAAUGUCAUCGCGUCACACAGUAGAAGCUCUACUCAACUUUAUGGACAGUGUCAGAGAUGUGAACGAGAGAACUUUCAUUUUCCUUCUCAUAAGAGCCACGUACAUCUAUCUGCCUUUUGCCAUUCUCAGCCUUGUCAUGUGCAUCUGUGUCACCUGACACCUCUGGAAUGAGAAAACGAGGUGUGCUUUCCAUUGUGUUCACAUGCAGUUGUAUUGCACAUAUCCUGGCAGAUGAGCUCUGAAGGAGUUGAAUGCUGGAAAAAAACCGCGUCAAACAUGGAACACGAUGAAUUAUGUACAUAUACAGUAAAGAUUUCCUCUUGUAUUCACUUAUAUUAGUCUUUAUUUGCCAUCAAUGCCAGAUGCUUGGGCUGGCCUCUUAUUCAGAGUCGUGAAGGCAGAGUUCUAUUAGGCACAAUGCCAUUCCUGGAUUAUUAGUUUCUUUUAAAGUUAUUUAUUUUAGAUUGUUAAAGAGUUGUAUCAGAUUGUUCUUUAAUGUGACAGUGAUAUGUACUUUUUUUUUUACCUUCAUCAUCCAUAUGUGGAAAAGACUGCUAUUGACAAUGGAUGGCACAGGUUCAAAUAAAUGGAGAAACUUAAGCAAGGGAUUGACGCAUAUUCUGUUAAAUCUGUUUAACAGAUUGUACAAUAAAGACCAUAAAUUGUAAA